GCCUGUCUCCCCCCGGCCUGUGUGUGGCGAGAGAGAGAAAAGGGACGGAGGGGAGGGAGGCUGGGAGCUUCCCCCAGUGCGGGACAUAGGGAGAGCAGGAGGGGGUUGAGGGAGGUGCGGGCCCGCAGGGGGGACAUCCAGCAAGAUGAUCAAACUCUUCUCCCUCAAGCAGCAGAAGAAGGAGGAGGAAUCUGCAGGGGGAACUAAAGGCAGCAGUAAAAAGGCCUCAGCCGCUCAACUUCGCAUUCAGAAAGAUAUUAACGAACUGAAUUUGCCGAAGACAUGUGAAAUAGAGUUCUCAGACCACGAUGAUCUCUUAAAUUUCAAAUUAGUCAUCUGCCCUGAUGAGGGUUUCUACAAGGGUGGAAAAUUUGUGUUCAGUUUUAAGGUCGGACAGGGCUACCCACAUGACCCUCCAAAGGUGAAAUGUGAAACCAUGGUAUAUCAUCCAAAUAUAGACCUAGAGGGCAAUGUCUGCUUAAAUAUUCUAAGAGAGGACUGGAAGCCUGUACUCACAAUAAAUUCAAUAAUUUAUGGCCUGCAGUAUCUUUUCUUGGAGCCAAACCCUGAAGACCCAUUAAAUAAAGAAGCUGCUGAGGUUCUUCAGAACAACAGACGCCUGUUUGAACAGAAUGUGCAGCGAUCUAUGCGGGGUGGUUACAUAGGAUCCACCUACUUUGAGCGCUGCUUGAAAUAGAACUUGAGCAGCUCUGAGUGCAAAACCCGCCAUCCAUCUGACCAGCUUUUCUGCCCUCACCCAGUUAUGUCUCCCAUCGCUCAUUUAUCUUGCCUUCAUUCCCUGCCCUACCCUCCCAAAAGAGAAAAAAAAACACAAACCCAGCCUGAGCUCCUGAUGUAGAAGGAAAUAUGCAAGGUGGUCAUGUGUCUCCUGGUCCUGCUGCUAGCCCUUUUUAUAGAAGGGGGAACACUGAGUGCAGAUUGACUUUUACCGUACCUUUGUAAUGCCAUUGUUUGAAUUCUCAUUACCUCACCUUGCUCUUCUUUUCUCAUGCAGAGCAUCUGUUUAUCUUUAGGUUAAUAAAUAUAUUUCCUCUGCCUUC